GGGACAACAGACGGAAGUAAAUAGUCGCCAUGACACAUUUAGCUGAUGCGAGAACCAUAGGGGAAAAUAAAGCGUGGAUAGCCCCUAAUUUUGUGUGUUGAGUUAGAAUACGUCCUUCUAAAUGUCCGGAUCAGGAAGUGUCCGUUAGACAGCCUCGUGAAUGUUUCACACAAGCUGCACUUCGAUAUUUGAAGAACCGCACGACAUAAGUAAGGUCUAUGAAAGACGUAUGCUAACUUCACAUAACGCUAGCCAAGCGCGGUUAAGCUAUCACGGCUUUUACCACCAGAUUUGUUCCAGCAAUUCAUGUGGUAUUUUCAUCAACGCAGAUAAAUAAAGUUACGUCUGACCGCGUCAGACCCGACGUUAGUACACGGGAACUCCGGUUGGAUCUAAAAUGAUUAUUGAAAAUCUUGAAGCGCUAAAAUCGUGGCUGUCUGAAACCCUUGAGCCCAUCUGUGACGCGGACCCCUCUGCUCUCGCCAAGUAUGUCGUGGCUUUGGUGAAAAAGGAUAAAACGGAAAAAGAACUGAAAGCUCUCUGCAUCGACCAGCUAGACGUGUUUCUUCAGAAAGAGACCCAGCAAUUUGUGGAUAAACUAUUUGAAGCUAUAAGCUGCAAAAGUUACCUACCCCAAUCAGAGCAGCCAGCACCUGUCACAAAAUCUGAGAAAGAUGAGCCUAAAAAGGAGGAGUUAAUACAAGAAGAAGAACGAGACAAAAAAAAUUCACGGCGUGUGAAUCAUAGUCCUUCUCAGUCCAGCUCCCGUUACAGCCGAGACAGCAGGAGAGAUGACCGAAGAAGGGACGACCGGAGCAGAAAGAGGGACUACGACCGCCUACCUCCCAGAAGAGACUCGUAUCGUGACCGCUAUAACCGCCGCAGAGGACGCAGCCGUAGCUACAGCCGCAGUCGCAGCCGGAGCUGGAGCAAAGACCGUGUCCGAGACCGUGACAGAGACAGAGAGAGGGAUCGUGAAAGGGACCGGGACCGCACACGGAGUAGGACGCACAGCCGGAGUCGAUCUCGGAGCAGGAGUAGAGAGAGGGAUUCGGGAAAGAGUCGACCUGAAGGUGCUGAUGUUUUUGCACCUACUGUCGUCGUGUCGUCUGCAUCUACAUCCCAGUUCCCCGUCCCAUCGCUGAACAGCACCAUAACGGUCAUCGCCCCAACUCAUCACCAUAGCAACAACACCACAGAGAGCUGGUCUGAGUUUCGAACUGAGCACCCUGUGGAGCGCGGGCCUUUCAACCGCGGCCCACCUCCACCGCAGAGGAAGAGAUGCCGUGACUACGAUGAAAAGGGCUUUUGCAUGCGAGGAGACAUGUGUCCGUUUGACCAUGGAAGUGACCCUGUCGUGGUAGAAGAUGUGAAUUUGCCAAAUAUUCUGCCUUUCCAACCUCCACCUAUCCCGGGUGUGGAUCCUCCUCCUCCAGGACUGCCCCCUCCUUCACUUCUGAACCCCCCACCUGUCAACCUGCGGCCCCCUGUGCCCCCGCCAGGCACGCUGCCACCCAGUCUUCCACCAGUGGCAGGUCCUCCUCCACCUCUUCCUCCACUGCAACCCUCAGGAAUGGAUGCCCCUCCCAACUCAAUCACCAGCUCUGUGCCCACCAUCGUCACCUCUGGAAUGCGCCCCUCACUUCCACCAGGCCCACCACCUCUAUUCAAUCCUGAAGUAUUUGACACAGACGUAUACAACCCUGAAGCUCCUAGCAUUACUAAUUCAUCCAGGCCAGUGUACCGCCAUCGCAACACUCAAAGACCCAAUCUGAUAGGCCUUACAAUGGGGGAUGUGGACCAGCUGCCAAGAGAAAAGAUUCCAAAUAACAGCAUGAGGAUUGUGAUGGAGUCUGACUCAAGAAAAAGGACAACUGGCUCUCAUGAUGGAGGCAUUUUGUCCAGGAAACCAUGGUUUGAAAAGCCCAACAAAGCUAAUCACCACGGUUACCACAAGAGGGGCCCAUUUAACCCACUCAACACCAGACUGCUGGUUCGGCAAAUUCCAUCCGAGCUCAAUAACAUCAGCGAACUUAAUGAACAUUUCAGCAAGUUUGGAACCAUUGUCAACCUACAGGUGGCCUUCCAGAAUGACCCAGAGGCGGCUCUUAUCCAGUUUGCUGCUCCAGAGGAGGCGAAGAGGGCCAUGCAGAGCCCAGAGGCUGUGCUCAACAACCGCUUCAUCCGAGUGCAUUGGUAUCGAGAAGACGGAGGAGAUGCACUGGGCCAGUUGCAACCACAACAGCAGCAACAAACCGGCACGCCCCCAUCCACAUCUCUGAAGCAAUCUGUCAAAGACCGCCUGGGACCCUUGGUCACCUCGAGCUCUGAGCCAACGCAAGACUCAAGUGUGGACUCCCAGAAUAUAUCAAAGCCAUCAGUGAAAGAACGUUUAGGUUUCUCUGCCAGACCAGCUGCUCCUGUUGAAAAGGUCUUCUCCACUUCUAUGGGUCUUACAAAAACGGUGUACAAUCCUGGUGCAUUGAAAGCUGUUCAGAAAACCACAGAGGAAGUCCUAAAGAAAAAACGGGAUGCACUAAAGCUACAACAGGAUGUCAGGAAGAAGAAACAGGAGAUUCUAGAGAAACACAUUGAAACUCAGAAGCUCCUCAUUUCUAAACUGGAGAAGAAUAAAACUAUGAAAGCUGAGGAUAAGGCAAAGAUUAUGGAGACGCUGAGCACCUUGACCAAAAGUAUCACAAAACUGCAAGAGGAGAUUAAAGGGAUCUCAUCCAGCACCCACAUUCGGACAGCUAAGACCAAGGCACAGGCACAAAAGGAGCUGUUGGAUGCGGAGUUGGACUUGUAUAAGAAGACCCAGUCUGGAGAAGAUACUGCACUGCUGAAGAUUAAGUACAAACAGCUGCAAAUCGAGGCUGCCAAAAGGGGUAUCUUAUCUCCAGCACGGGGCCGUGGGCUGCACCCUCGCGGUCGUGCGGUGCUCCGGGCAAGAGGAAGAGGAGGCAGAGGCAGGGGCCGAGGAAGAGGGGUCCCUGCACAUGUUGUGGUGGACCACAGGCCAAGAGCGUUGGAGAUUUCAGGCUUCAGCGAUGCAGACAAUGUAAACCUCCUGCCACACUUUGCUCAAUUUGGGGAAAUUGAAGAUUGUCAAAUUGAUGAGAACAGUUUGACGGCCGUCAUCACUUACAAGACGAGAGCUGAGGCUGAACUGGCGGCUAGACACGGAGUGAGUCUGAACAACCAGACUCUGCGCUUGGCCUGGCACAAACCUGCAGUGAAUCUCAGUAAUAUGGAGGCAGAGGAUGCUGAGCAAGAGGAAGAAGAGUACCAGGACGAAUCACUGAGUGAUGAUGCCUUGCUGCAGGAUGACGAUGAGGAGGAUGACGAGCCUCGUUCCUGGAGAAGAUGAAGACCAGUGUCCAUCCACUUUCAAGACUAAUGACCCUGAUGUCAGAAAUGUCACUUUUUAUUGAACUAAUUUUUGUUUUUCUGUAACAAACAGCUAACUGGCAUUGAAACCAUGUACCGUGUUUAGAUUACUUUUAAUGUUUUGCAGUUGCAACAAUAGUGAUUUUUUUUUUUUUUUUUUAAUGCUCUUAAUGUAGGUAGUAAUUCUGUAUUGUUUUUUUGCCACACAGAACACAAACAUUGGUCUGGAUUAGUGAAUGCUGAUCACUUACACAUUAUUUAACAUGGUUUCGUAAUACAAAAAAAUGUGUUGUAAUUUAAUAAGACUAGCUUUUGCAGACUGUGUUAGUUCAGUUGGUUACAAUGCUGAUGUGUAAAUAUUUUAUGUAUUGGUUUGAAUAAUUUGUAAACAAAAAAAUGCUUGGCUUCUCAGUUCUUGGCUUUAUUUUGACUUGUAAAAAAUAAAGAAUUGAAAUGGUCUGAUAACAUCCUGCCCAAAAAUCUAAAGGAAAAAAAACAUCUUGAAUAAAAAAAAAAAAAAAAAAAAAAAAUGUUGGCAGUGAAAAAACGAUUCAAAGAUCAUUUC